CUCGAAAAGCGGCUUGUUCCGGCUUGCCCCUGUGCAUAUCUUUUAUCCUUGCUCACCACAUGAAAGUAGUGCCCGUCCGACAGUUGCGCACCAUCAUCCAUCCGCGCAGCAGGAACCCGCAAACAGCAGCAGUCUCAUCCGCAGGCGCGGCGGCGGCGGCGGCGGCGGGGGGUGCAUGGAUGAUGCGUAGCUGCGCAGCGGCGGCCACAGCAGCGGCGGAUCCGCGCCAGUGCAGCCCUCCACACUGCUGCUGCUGCUGCUGCUGCCGGUGGCGGCGAGUCUGUAGCGCAGGCUCCAUCAUCACCACAGGCGGAGCGAUACCGUCAUCUCCCCACGGCGUCGAUUUAUAGUGUGUGCGGCUCGACGUACCUGGGCGUCUGUCACGCAACUGGACCAGAUUGGACUCCUACUUGUAGGAAAUGUGCUGAUGUGCGUUUUGCCAGAUCAGGAGGCAUCCAUCCGCCUGCACUGCUUUGACACUGAUGAAGAUAGAUUUUUAUUUUUUUAAUUAUUAUGUAUUUUUGUUUUAAUGUGGGUGUCCAGGAAAUGUUUACUCGGAUGCUUUGGCGUAAGUGAGAGUCCUCGUCGGCGCGGGCAAAAGGGUGCUGUGACCGGGGCUCGUGACAUGCGCUCCCCCUGAGCCCGGCGACGCCCCAGUCAGCAGGAUGCCGGUGCAGGCGGCCCAGUGGACAGAGUUCCUGUCUUGUCCCAUCUGCUACAAUGAGUUCGACAGCAGCGGCCACCAGCCCAUCAGCCUGGGCUGCUCUCACACGGUGUGCAAGACGUGCCUGCACAAGCUGCACCGCAAGGCCUGCCCCUUCGAUCAGACUCCCAUCAGCACAGACAUCGACCUGCUGCCGGUCAACUGCGCCCUGCUGCAGCUGGUCGGAGCGCAGGUCCCGGACGUUGCGCCUGUGAGCCUGAGCAGCGCGGCGGAGGUUGAGCACUAUGAGGCCUGCCGACUGUGUGUAGAAGAGCUGGCUCUCUACUUGAAACCCAUCAGUGGUGCCAAAGGUGUGGCAAACCUGAGUCCGAGCGUGCUCAGCAGGCCCAUGCAGAGGAAGCUAGUGACCCUGGUGAACUGCCAGCUGGUGGAAGAGGAGGGUCGUGUGCGGGCGGUACGGGCGGCCCGUUCCCUGGGGGAACGGACCGUGACCGAGCUCAUCCUACAGCACCAGAACCCCCAGCAGCUCUCUGCCAACCUCUGGGCAGCGGUGAGAGCUCGGGGCUGCCAGUUCUUGGGUCCCGCGAUGCAAGAAGAUGCGCUGAAGCUGGUUUUACUUGCCCUGGAGGACGGCUCCGCUCUAUCCAGGAAGGUGCUGGUUUUGUUUGUGGUCCAGAAGCUGGAGGCUCGCUUCCCCCAGGCAUCCAAAACCAGCAUAGGCCACGUGGUGCAGCUGCUCUACAGGGCCUCCUGCUUUAAGGUGACUAAGCGUGACGAGGACUCCUCCCUCAUGCAGCUGAAGGAGGAGUUUCGAACAUACGAGGCGCUAAGGAGGGAACAUGACGCUCAGAUCGUCCACAUCGCCAUGGAGGCAGGCCUUCGAAUCUCUCCUGAGCAGUGGUCCUCUCUCUUAUACGGAGACCUGGUCCACAAAUCCCACAUGCAGUCCAUAAUUGACAAGUUGCAGUCUCCAGAGUCCUUCGCAAAGAGCGUUCAGGAACUGACAAUUGUUCUGCAGAGGACCGGAGACCCCGCCAACCUCACAAGCCUUAGACCACACCUAGAGCUCCUGGCCAACAUAGACCACAACCCAGAUGCUCCUGCUCCAUCAUGGGCAGAGCUGGAAAGUGUGAUGCUGGCUGUAAAGUUUGUGGUUCACGGACUGGUGGAGUACAUCCAGAACUUCAGCAAGAAGAGCCAUGAAACUCCACAGCCCCAGGCCAACAGCAAAUAUAAGACCAGCAUGUGCAGAGAUCUCCGUCAGCAGGGAGGCUGUCCAAGAGGAACCAGCUGUACUUUUGCGCACACACAAGAUGAGCUGGAGAAAUUCAGACUGAGGAACAAGAAGAGCGGCAGCGUGGUCCGCCCUUUCCCUCUAGGCAAUAAGGGCAUGAAAGAUGCAGAAGAAAACAUGGGUUGUACGACAGAGGGAGGCUCCAGCCUGACGAGCCCGCUGCUGAUCUCCAGGGGGCCCGGCGGUGUGGAGGAACUUAAAAGAACGGUGAUGAAUGGAAGCGGUGGGGCUAACGGGCCUCACAGAAGCACAUCAGGGUCCACAGAGCUGAAGUCCCUCUCCCCGCCCAGGACUCCAGUCAGCCACUCGUCACCUUCGUCUCCUUUGAGCACCGCCGGUGGUGCCGAUGUCAGCGCUCCUCUGCAGCGGCACGGUCCGUUCAUCCUCUCCACACCUCACCCCUCUCAGACGUCCGAGCUGUACUACCAGGAGCCCCAUCCUGCUUAUGAAAAGGCGCACUUUCAGCCAAACUCAGGUUCCUACUAUCCAUCUAGUCUUCACCCGCCUCACAAACCGUGCAUGGCCCGCUUCCUCCGCUCCUCCAACGUCCAGGAGUCCUCGCUGCCGCCUCCUGCCGGCGUUUCCUCUUACCCUAACGACCCACAGGCGCCUCACUCAGCCUCGUCCCCGUCUUCAGGCUUUGCCCCUAGAGAUCAGAUGGGACCCCCCGCCUUCCAUCCACAUCCGGGACAGGGUCAGUACGGACAUCUGGGCCCUGCUCACGGUGUUUAUGCUCCCCUCUAUGACAGCAGGAGAGUAUGGAGACCUCAGCUGUACCACAGAGAGGACGCCAGGAGCAACUCACUGCCUCCGGAGGUGCUGCACUCGUCCGUCUACCAGCCUCCACUCAGGGAGCGAUUCAACUCUCUAGACAGCAACUACUGCUCUGGAGCGGAGCACCGCGCCGGGCUGCACAGGGACUACGGACGGGUUCCCCUGGGAUACGAGGAUCUGUUUCGACGGAAGCAGGAACACUGGACUCACAUCCACCACCACCACCACCACAAUCCCAACAGACCCUCCCAGUCAUCCCCCAUCUUCACCGCUGAUUUUGGAGCGGAGCAUGUGGAAAGCGGUGGAGGUCCGUGCAUGGGAUGCAGGUUCAGGGGCGAGGAGAGUUUGACGCGUUACUCUCCGUGGUCCUGCGGUACCGCCGGGCCCAGCCUCAGCCCCUUUGAGCCUGAACCACUCAAACCCGCCCAAGCUCACUCUCAUUCCCACUCGGAGCGUCCGGAGCUAGACUGUGGCGAGGGGGGACAGGGCGUUGUUAGCGGCGCCGAGAAGCGAUGGCUGCACUCGUUGGAUCACUACCGACGUCUGAAAGACGAAGAUCCGAUUAUUCCCUUCAGUGAGGCGCCUAUCAUCUCCAAGUGGGGUGCCAUCUCCAGGGCGUCCCGCACAGGCUACCAUACCACCGACCCUGUCCAGGCUACGGCCUGCCAGGGCAGCGCCAGCACCACAGCGAUAAACUUCAAAGAUUACAACCACCACUUUGAUCACAGCGACUAUCGGUGGCGCUCCAGAGGGUCGGACUCCUCCAGCAACUCCAGUUUCCUUGAAAGUGAGCAUCUUUGUCCGUCUGAGCUGAAUGGCCGACGAUCUUCAAUAAGCAGCGGGGAGAAAAUUGCGUCGGACCACCUGCAAGCCCAUCAGACAACCUUCAGCCGGGAUCAGAACCGAGCGGAAAGUGAAUCCGAAACGGAUCGAGACAUCGAGCUGGAACUGCGAGCACUGGACAUGGAAGAUUCAGAGCACCACGGGCUCAAGUCUCAGGACUGUUUAGAUCUGUCCAGCCCUCAGUCUCAGGAUGCCUCCCACCUCCUCCCGCCUCCCUGCUCAUCUCCUCUCUGCUCCUCCCCUGUAGAGGAGCACACCCAGUCAGAAAGUCUCCUGACAGAGAAAAUGGAUGCUCUCCAUCUAAAAAAGAUGGCCUUCAGGAAAUCUCUAUCCCCUUUAGGGCUGGGACCAGGAGGUCUGGGCAUCAGGAAGCUUGUACUACGAACCGGACCUUCUCAGCUGGGCGACGCCUCCCCCAGGGCUCAUCCCGAAACGCCUGGGACGGAGAUGCUGCUCAAUUGAAGCUGAAGGAACACUCGAUGUGACCUGAAUGAAACUGGAGCUGAAUCCCUUCUUCUCAAACCGCCACCUUCAACAACAGAGAAUCUUUUUAUUUUUUUUCACCCAUUCGAAAAAGGUGAAGGUGUCGUUUGGCAUCUAACCAAUCACCUUAGAGAACCUUCAACAGGCCUUUGACAUCCAGUGAAUUAAGUGGCUGAAGACGAUUGUCUUCCAGAGCUCCACUUGCGUACUAAGAUACUUCAUUGAUUUACAGAAUAUCCAACAACGCAUCGUUUUUCUUAGCACAUUUCUCAAUGUGUGGUUGCUUUUUUUUUUUUUAGUGUGUGCCUUUUGAAGAAUUACUUCCUGUAAAAGCAGACAUCCAUGAGUAUUUAAGAUCUGUAUAGCUGCCUGCAGGAUUAUUUAUUCUCUUUUUUUAAAUCUUGAAACGUCGUUCAGUUAUUUUCUGCCUUUUAUUUCUCUGUAUUUUCCGUAAUAUCUUGUGUUUGCUCUGUAUGGGCAGCUUCGAGUGGGUCACAGCUUUAUGGCAUUUGUAAAAGUGGAACAUUUUGCGAUGUCAUUUUUUUUUUUCACAUCUUUAGGGUGUAUGUUUUUGUUCCCACACUAUGCCUUAUUUCAGAGAAAGGGAUAGAGAAACAUUCAGAUAUGUGCUGCCAGACUGACCACUUCAGGUGAUCCUGACUGAUCUAUAACAAUUAGAAAACCAGUUUUAUUUCCCUUUGAGAUCAAUAAAAGGUAACUGAGCAAAUAGAAAACACUUAAACUCUUAUCUCAGCAUACAAAUCUGCAGAAAGGGGUUUUCUUUAUCAGUUUCCGCUUACUCAAAGUAUCCGAUUCAGCUCAGCAACCAGUGUGUCAUUACAUCUGUAGUUUUUAGCCUGCGGGUUUGAGAGAAUAGACAUAACUCUCUGACUCCUUUGAAAAUUAGUGGUUGGACUUCAACAAGAACUUGAACGACCGUUUGGCGGAAAUGGAGAUUUAAAAUAAUAUAAACCCUUUUUAUGAAUCAGAAGUCCUUUUGUAUGGACCUCUGACUGUCCUAGGACACGGUCCCCGUCGUAAACCCUAUUUGCAUUUUGUCUUGGAUGAUUUUAAGUCUCGUAAGUUCUUUUAAAGCCUGCUUAUUUAUUUUUAUUCAUAGUAGACAUUCUUUAUUAUACUUUAUUUUGUUGUUUAGCAUUUCUGCAUUCGUGAACAAAGGAAUUGGUUUGUUUUCGGAGCACAAAUUAUGUUUUUAAGUACCUAUUACACAGUCAUAUGCACAAAGAAAGUGUGUAAAAGUUCCCAUUCACACACAGUAGUGUAAAAAAAAAGUGGCCUUUCUUUCCUUGGUUUUGUUCAAAUCAAACUCCCUAUAAAAGCUUUUGUUUGACUCAUAAGAUGAUUUAAAAAAAAUAUGGAGUAUUUUGUAUGCCAGUCCAGUCCUUUAUAUCUGCUGACUGUAUAAUAGUCACAAUUUGGGCUGGAUGUUCAAAGGUGAAGUCACCAAAAAAGGGAAAUAACCUGUUGUUUAUUCAAGCUAAUUCACUGUUUAACUUUUCAAAAACCUUUGGAUUAUUAUUUUUUCAUUUGUUUUAGCAACGCUAACUUCUGUGAAGUUGUAUGUUGAGAUAUUUUUGUAUUGGGAUCUUUCUUUCUUGUGUUUGCUCUCUUGUCGAUUGCUGGCCUUGAGGUCAGUUCUCUGUGAUCCGCUACACUGGAGUUAAUGGAUCAUUUUCAAACACCAGGACUCCCUCAAGUUUGUUUCAGUCAUUUUGGAUGAGAAUUUAGUGAAAUCAUGCUAGAAACCUUUCAGGCUUUGGUGGUAAUUUCCUCUUAAUUUUAUUCACAUUUACAGUGCGGGGUCAGACGUUUACAUACAGUUCACUCUUAACUCACAGAUUUACUCUUAUUGAUGCAGUUCAAGAGUUUGUUUUGAUGCCGAUUCAUCUAAAAAACAUUAAGGAGUCAUAAAACAACAAUUUGGUGCAUAUGUUUACAUAUAGUUCAGAUUUUUCCAAAACCACACAAGUUCAAAAUGGCUUGGACGAUACAUUUCCCUUAGCAAGUUGUCAGUCAGGUCUGGGUAUAACCGCUGUCUAUUUGGCCUUUUUUAAAUUAUUUUUCUGGGUUUUAUAUGGCGGUAGUGGCUCAUUUUUUACAAAGUAGGCUGACAGGAAAGGGGGUUUGAGAGAGGGGGGGGGAGACAUGCGGUAAAGGGCCUCAGGCCAGAAACUAAGGACUAAGGUCUCUGUAUAUGGGUCGUGCUCACUACCCCUGCGCUAUCAGAGCACGCCAUUUGGCCUUUCUCAUAAGAAAAUGUGGAGUUAAUUUUGAAUUUGCUGGUUUUUAGGCACUGACUCAGCCCAGAAGCUUAAUAUCAGCCGGCUCUAUCCAUUUCAAAACCAGCUUUAAUGCACGUUUAGGAUUAGUAUAUCCUGUGUCUCAAGCUUCGCUCACCUGACUCAAAAUGUUAGCUCAGACAAACAGAAAUCGAAUAGGUUGUUCCAGAACCAUCAAGACAUUUUAGAUUAACAUAGACUGAGCGGCUGCUGACCAAGCAUGCCAUCCGUCAAACAUGGUGGUGGCAGGAUUAUGCUAAGGGUCUGUUUUGAUGUGUCACACAAAGGGGUUAAAAUGAUGAUUCCUGAUUUUUUUUCUCCAACUCAUUACAAAUCAGGAAGUUGGACAAAAUUGUUUCAGCAGGACCAUGAUCCCAAACACUCGUCAGAGCUUCAAGCGGUUCUGCGAUGGAUAUAGCAGGCUAACGUUUAAACCCUACUAACAGUUUGUGGACUUUGCUUGAAAAGCCAAACCACUGGCAGGAAACCGAGCAUUUUAUAUGAGCUUAUUCAUUUCUGAUAAGAACAGUUGUCACCUUUCCAGCUGGAGUUAAGCCAAGACCUUGUUAUCGUCUAGAAAAAGAGUGUGUUGGCGCCCUUAUAUUAGCGGGUGUGUUUAUAGUUGAGCCUAACUAGAAUUUUAAACCUCUUUCACUCAGAGAGAAUCUUAAAUGAAUACAAACUUUUGUCUGUAUUUUUUUUUUUUUUUUUAACUCAUCAAAGUUUAAGAAAUGCUUAAUUAAAACCCCAAAAUCAAUGACGUUUAUGCCGAUGAUGAAUUUUGAUGUUGCGACUGACACUUUAGGUGCACUUGCGCCGUGUUUAUUAAGUUUUAAAAUGAAGGCCAGGAGACCGGGUUUUUUUUUUCUCCCCCCUCUUCUGUCAUGGUUACUUUACCAAACAGUUUCCUUUUUGAACUUUGCCUCGUGCGGUUAAUUGCUGACCGCGAAAGACGAGGGCUGGCGCAGACGACCUAGCUGCGCCAUUUUAAACAAGCUCGGCUAGCUGCUGCGGCCCCUCAGCUUCUGUUUACAACUUCUCCUUUGAAGUCACGUAACGUUAAGUGCCAUGUUGUGUAUAGUACAAUCAGUCCCUGCAAUCCUCUGACGGCUCGUCGUAACUCCUUACACAGAAACUGUGUGAGGAGCCUCGGUGACACGGCCCUCUCGUGGUUCUGCUGUGAGCCGUCGGAGGAGAUUUGAACCUUCAUCUAUGCGUCACUCAGGGAGUCCUUCAGUUGGCUUUUUCUACAGGCGCGUGAUUGAUCCUUUCACCCAAAGCUUAUUUUUGGUAAUGAAGUGUUAAUGAUGUUAGUAGCAAUGUUUACUUUGCUGGCGUUUUCCUUUUUUUUUUUUUUUCCCCCACCUCUCAGUAUCAAUAUUAGCUCUGCUCUGAGUGUCACGAAAAAAAAAGGGCUGGGCACAUAUUGGACUGUUUGUGAAGGAGUUCUCAUGAGUUUUCAGUCAAAGUGUUUGUUUAUGAAGUAUCCAUGGAGCCCUGCGUCCCGCGACAUGCAUGCUACACGGCCCCUCUUGUGAUUGCAGGGGAGCACCGAUGAUUCUGUAGUUGUGAUACAACACACCCGGCGCUGUUAAGAGUUCUGCACAUGCCCACUGUGUGGCCACGUCAAGUGCUGAAGUUGGCUUGCAGCGUCUUUUAUUUGCUUGCUCGGAAAAUUUUAAUAUCUGCGACUUGAUUAUUAUUCUUGAUAUUAUAACCACAUUUGGUUGUUGUGUUAUUUUCCCCCUUCUUGAUAUGUUUUGAAGUUUGCUCAUUUUGGUUAAAUGUAUGGAUUUCCCGUAACGUUUUUCUAAAAUCAGACAAAGCGUCUGAAUAUUCUAGAUUAUAGGGGUGGGGUGGGGGGGAGACAAAAAUCUUGUUCGUUGAUUGUGAAACAUGAUGAACUAAUGUUUUAAGUAUUCAUGUCUGUAUUAGACAUUUUAUUUGCAAAAUCUAUUGUUCGAUUGAAAUGUAAAUGAAUUUUUUAAGAGAUGGUACACAUCCGUCAUUGUACACAGUCUGGCACCAUCAUUAGAUGGACUUGUAGUGUUGACGCUCAUUUCUACAGCCUGUGAAAAUCAGAUCUAUUUAAAUGUUCCAAAAACCUUGGGGCAGUUGUGUAAUGUCUCGAAAACCGGGAAGAUCCGAAGAGCCGAUCCUUCUGAGACGGAACCUCUUAAAGUGUCCCAAAAAUGAAUAAUACUGUUAUGUAUUCCAUUUAUUUCCUCGGAAAUAUCGCAUUGUGAAAGGUUUCCCUUUUACUUACUGUAUUUGUAAUGCAGACCUUGAGUGAAGUCUAAUCCUCUGGUGGUGAUGAUGAUUUAUGUGCUAUUAAUAAUAGAUGGAGCAGUCCGCGUAUUGUUUUACUGACUGAUUGAUUAUUCGGCGUGUUUUCUGCCUUGUUCAGCAGCAUUGCACUGACCUACAGAGAGACUGGCUGAGCAGGAAAGCACUCCUGUGUUGCACUGAGAGACUGGGUUAUAAUAAGGAGCAUUAGCGUAUAUGAAACUGCAUGCUUUAAUAAACUGAGAGCUGUUAGACGCUU